CACCAGUUUGACCACUAUGGUUGCAUGACUUAAACAAUACCUUGAUCUCUCCACUUCCUGUUCGCUCAUCUUCAUCGUUGCGUGGAAUAAGAACGCGAGAAGGGACGGAGAACUCGUCAGAGGCAACUUCAACUUCUCGAAAAUGCGAAUCUGCUCCCCCUGUAUGUCUUCCCCAGUGAAUUCGUCUCCCCUUUUUAUCUUUCCUAUCUUAAUUUGAGAUCUUCAAACCAUGCUCAAUCUCCAGUUCACGACUUCACUUCGCAAAGAUAGAAACUUGGCUCCAGAUGAAUUGUUUCUUCAGUACGGUCUUAGGUACCCAUAUGAGCAAAUUGCUUUUGGAUUCUUCAUUUUGAUCUCCAAUCAGUGAAGCUGAACGUGCUGCUUCAGUUGUCAGACAGUCAAUUUACAUUAAAAUGCACUUCUUGGCUGUUCGAUCCUUGUGGGGAUGUUUACGGGAGGCUGCAGAUUGCUUAACAUUGUUAACCUGCGAACUGGUUGGAACUCGUAUUGCUUGCUGACUCCACCAUACUUGCACUCACAUUAAAGGAUGGAACCACAGAGUCAGGCAAGUAAAGAGAAGUAUGCCGCAGAUAUUUCUUCCAUAAGAGAAGCUCGCGAUCGUAUAAAGCCAUUCGUACACAGAACUCCGGUACUUACCUCGGAGUCUCUAAAUGUGUUGUCUGGAAGGAAGCUAUAUUUCAAGGCUGAAUGUUUGCAAAAGGGGGGCGCAUUCAAGUUUAGAGGUGCCUGUAAUGCCGUAUAUUCACUGGAUGAUGAGCAGGCAGCCAAAGGUGUUGUAACUCACAGCAGGUUUUCCCAAUGAUGUCAAUGCUGUUUUACUUAAUAUUGAGCUGUUUCUCAAACAUUCUGUGAACGAAACUCUUGUAUAUAGUGGUAAUCAUGCAGCAGCAUUGGCUUUGGCUGCAAAGUUAAGGGGCAUCUCGUCCUACAUAGUUAUACCGAAAAAUGCUCCCAAGUGCAAAGUUGAGAACGUCUUGCGUUAUGGGGGUCAGGUUAUCUGGAGCGAGAACACAAUGCAGGCGCGAGAAGAUACUGCAAGUAGGGUGUUGGAGGAAACAGGUGCCGUCCUUCUUCAUCCAUUCAAUGAUGGCCGUAUCAUAAGGUAGCCUCGCAUACUGCUUACUCGGAUCCAUAAGUGUCAUAUCAUUAAUGUAUGUGUUUUGAGGUACAUAUGGGACGUUCAUCCAUAAGUGCCAUAUCAUCCUAGGGAUGUCUCUCUAGGUCUGUAGCUGACCAUAAAUGCAUUGAAAUGGUCUGGAUAGGCUUACUUACAGCCUUGGAGGAUUGACAAGUUUCAGCUGUUGCCUUUGCAGUGGGCAAGGUACAAUAUCAUUGGAGCUUUUAGAGCAAGUAACUCAUCUGGACACUUUGGUGGUUCCCAUAAGUGGUUUGUUCAACAACCUAGGAGUGUUUGUUGAUUGAUUCUGGCUAAUGUCUCAUUGAUGAUUGGUGUUGCUAACAAAUGACUGAACAACAUUCAGGAGGUGGUUUGAUCUCGGGGAUGGCAAUAGCCGCCAAGUCCAUCAACCCUUCUCUCAAAAUUUUUGCAGCUGAACCUAGUGGAGCUAAUGAUUCUGCUCUUUCCAAAGCGGCAGGACAAAUUGUGACAUUGCCGAGUACAGACACGGUUGCUGACGGGCUGCGUGCUUUCCUUGGAGAUCUCACCUGGCCUGUAGUGAGAGAUUUGGUAGACGAUGUGAUUGUUGUGGAAGAUAAUGAAAUCAUAGACGCGAUGAAGCUGUGCUACGAGAUUCUAAAAGUUGCGGUGGAGCCAAGUGGAGCCAUAGGCCUCGCAGCUGUUCUAUCUGACAGAUUCCAGAAACACCCUGCAUGGAAGGACUGCAACCACAUAGGAAUCAUACUUUCUGGAGGGAAUGUCGACCUUGGCGUGCUCUGGGAUUCUCUCAGAAAACCGUAGAGAAUCAUGCUUCCAGUCUUGAUUCCAUUUCUGUUCUUCUUUACUAUGAAAGCUGUUGUUCUUCUCUCACAAUUUGAUGAACCGAAUCAUUGAACAGAAUGCAGUUUGAUGCCUUUAUAUGUUUGUUUUGUUUCUUUCAAAAGUAGUGAUUGUGAACCAAAAAUAGAGUUGCCAGGUUUCAUUCCGUUGAAAACUAGGGGUGUAUGGGUGGUUCGGGUUUGGUCAUUUUAAUCACCGGACUCAUACAGUACGGUUUUGAAAAUACUAAAUCCAAACUCACUUA